AUGAGCAGUACGACCUCCAACACAUUUAAUGUCUUCACUGGUUUUCUAACUGCCAUCAUUGUCCUCGCAUUCUGCUUCCUGUAUGGAUACCUCCAAUACAACGCUACAACGAGUCAGGAUGAGAACGUCCAUGCCGACCUCCCAAUCCAGCAAGAAGAAGAGGACGUGGAGAGGGGUGUUGGGUCUGGCAGAGAAGAGCGAGAAGAUGCAGAGCGAAGAGAGCAGCAAGUCCUCAUGGAUGGGCCUCUUUGGUUGUCAGCAGACUCAACAGAUCAAGAGUAUGGACUCAAAGAAAUCAGGGUCGACCUGAGUACCAGAGGGAUCAUCGUUGGUCCCGGAAGACACCCCUACUCCAACCGACUCUACAUCAGCACCGGGGAUGGGGAAACACCUUUUGUAGCCUACGAUGGUAUAUACCAGUGUGACUGGGAGAUCAUGGACACAUGGCACCAAGCCAACCGCCUCCCCCCACUCAAGGACAGGGAGAUUCCAGAGUUCAACCUACAGUACCCAGACUCUCCUACCAUCCCCAGAAGGGCAAAUCCCAGCAUCGCCAGGGGUGCCAGCACAGCCACAACUCAGGGAGGAGACACUGAUAGUGCAUCCGACAGCUCGGACCAGUAUGACUCCUGGGUCACCGAUGAUGAGGAGCAUAACCCCUGCCAUACAGAGAGUGCCAUGGAGGCCUAUGCUGCCAGCUUCAAGCCAUUGCUGAAGACCAAUGAGGGGAAUAUGAGACCCCUGAGCCACUCAUCCCAUAUGUCCAGUGGGUACCAGAGAGAUAUGGGCCAGAACCCCAACUGGCCGAGUUCUUCUUCCAUCAACCCAUACAUUCCCACUGGGAUGUCUUACACCGAAGGUUCCAAGACUUCACCAGAGCCAUCAGGAAUCAAAACUGAGAGAUGGUGCGGGCAGGGGGAGCAAUCGUUCGGGACCCCCCUGAACAACCCAUUGAUCCCUGACCUGAGGACCAGCCUCUCUAUUUCUGGCCUCGCAAUACUGAGACCACCCGGUGGAACCACCUCCUACCAUGGCAGCAUGCAGAACUCACCAACUUCAGAUUGGGAGGAGCUUCUGGAAUGGCAGGGUCAGUCCCUGGCCAAUGAAGGAUCAUGGGUAACAUUGGCAGUGGCUAAAUUAAUGUAUCAAAAGGAGGUACCAAAGGAAGUAAGGGACUCAAUAUAUGCAGAUAAAGUGCUUCACUACACCGCAAAGCUAUGGAACCGACUUCACGCUGACCAGGCAGAUGUCUUACGACCAUUCAAACAAUGGAGUUACCUGCCAUACCAUUGGGCAAACAUUCUGAAGCUGCCACCAGCUCAUGUACCCAUGCUACCCCUGGGUUCUAGACUAAUAGGGGGCAUGCCAGAAGAAGAACCAGAAAUACCCCCAGAACCCCAGCCGGAAUUGAAGAAAACCAUACAGAAAUCAAUACGACCCCCACUGCCACUGCCACCAUCACCCCCAUACAAUCCCCACCAUGACUAUGAACUCUGA